ACAAAUCAACUUCCUUGGACAAGGUGAAUUAAAGUAGUGAAACUUUAUGAACUAAGAAAUUGAAGUUAUUUGUGACUUCGAGUGCAAUAUUUUAUGAGUGAUUUUUUAAUGUUUAGUGCCAUAAAUUUUGUUGUUAAAGUAAAAAAUGUUCAAAAAUAAAAAUGACUGUAAUAUUGUGUACAGAUGCACAGUACGUCUGUUGGAGGAUUCCGAUGUCCUGGAAUGUGAAUUUCAGUCUUUUCAUAAAGGGAGUUAUCUCGUGGAGUAUAUAUGCAAACAACUGGAUAUAAAAGAAAAUGACUACUUUGGCCUACGUUUUGUGGACUCUUCAAAACAACGACAUUGGUUGGAUCUGGCGAAGUCAAUUAUAAAACAGUGUAAAGAUGUUGAUCCAGUCUUAUUUUCCUUCCGAGUAAAGUUUUACCCAGCUGAUCCAUUUCGGUUACUUAACAAUGGACGAGUUAUGCUGUACCAACAACUUAAACGAGAUUUGCGGCAUGGUCGUCUUUAUUGCUCAAUUGGUGAAGCAGCAGCAUUAGGUUCACUGAUAGUGCAAGAGGAACUUGGGGACUACAACGAAGACUUUAAUAUCGGUGAUUAUGUGUCAUCAAUGCACUUAGCGUUACGCCAAACUGAAGCAUUAGAAAAAAAAAUUAUUGAAUUGCAUAAAAAACGAGAACCAAAUCAACGUCCUACUGUAGCUAUGGAUGAAUUCAUAAGCAUUGCACGUGGGCUGGAGACUUACGGAAUUGAUCCGUAUCCUGUUAAGGACCAUCGUGGAUCACAACUGUAUAUUGGAAUGAAUUAUUCAGGCAUUAGUACAUUUAUUUUAGGUAAAAGAUCGCAACACUUUCGCUGGGGUGAAGUGCAUAAGUUAAAUUUUGAAAGUAAAAUGUUUAUAGCCCACCUUAGUUACACAGAUGCCAGUAGAGAACCGAAAAAACACACAAUUGGAUUUAAAUGUGUAUCUGGAUCUGCCUGCCGAUAUGUCUGGAGAUGUGCCAUAGAACAAAUGUUGUUUUUUACUCUUCCAAAUAGCCAAAAUGCGUCGGUAGUAUCUGGAGGUGGAUUUUUUUCUUGGGGUACCAAAUUUAAAUAUUCUGGGAGAACUGAACGAGAAAUUCUUACUGAAAGCAUAAACGCUUUAAAGGAGCAAAGAAUUACAAAUUCUGCUGCUAGUAAUCGCAAGGCUAGUAGCGUACCAGCAACGCCAUCCAGUCCAAAAGUUCAUCUAUCUCAAAUUCGUUACAGCAGUUUACCACGUUCUACAAUGUCUGAGUCACUGAGUAGUUCUGCUAUUGAACACGUAGACAAUUGUGGUAACAUCAAAUGCAUCACAAAUCCAUUAGAUGGUUGCAGUAUACAAUUAACAAAUCUCGAACCUGUAUCAGAAGAAUCACGUCUACGUAUUUGUAAUGCUAAUCAAUUAAAUAAUUACGUUCCGGAUGAAUCAGAAUAUUACUAUCGAAGCUCAUUAGGAAAAAAUAGAAACGAAACUGACUCUCCAAUAUUAUAUUGGAAUGGGUCCAACCGUCACUAUAACUUUAAUGACAAAAACGUUGUUUUUGCUUCACAGCCUGCUAGUUCACUAUCUUCCAAUAUUGUUCCAAAUAGCUCUAUUAACUCCAUUGCCACUGAUAGCAACGUUGUCUGUCAAAAUGUAGUAAACUGUGCCAAAAGCGUGCGGAAAUUUCAUCUUUUCAACGUUUUUAUUCCUUCGUUAUUUUUUGUUGUGGCAACCAUGGCAUUCUCUGCUGUGUUUAUUUUGGAAUCUGACUCCGAAUUUCUUGAGAAAGUAAGAAAUAUGCCAGAAAUGAUUAGUUUGCGAUACCAAUACUAUCAACCACUUAAAGAAUUUAUUUUUCGUACAUUAAGCAAAAAAUAA